AUGCAUUUCUCCUCCGUUGCCACAUUCCUCGCAGUCUCCUCCUACAGCAUCACAUAUGCUGCUCCAGUAGCCAACCUGCAAGAUGGUCUCAAUCGUCGCCAGAUCAACUACCAGGUAGUCAAUGUUGACGGCGAGUCUAAUAGCUUUACCGCUCCUGAAAUUGAGACAGUCACUACAACCCUCAAGUCUACUGUGACUGCACCCGGCGCUCCUCCAGUGGCUCAGACUGUGACUGUGACUGCAACACCAUCCCUGACACCUUCGUCCUCUCCGGUGGCUUCGAGUUCGACUCCCAUCUCCCACCCAGCUCCUCCUCCGGGCGAGUCUUUCAUGCCUGCCAACAGCAAUGGCUUUUUCCGCCGUGGUUUGAACGCCGCUGGCAAUCCAGCUCUCUAUGCGCAGAACUAUGCCUCUUCCAGUUCUUCAUGGCCUACCUCGUCGGCUUCUCUUGCCGCUCGCAACUUUGAUGGGCCGGAUUCUUCUUCUUCUUCUUCCUACACCCCUUCUAGCACAGCCGUACCCACCCCUACUCUGGCUGCUCGUCAGUAUGGCAGAUGGUCUUCCAGCAUUCCAGGCUCCUCGCCUACCGCCGUGCCUACUUCUACCGCUUCUCCCCUUGUUGCCCGCCAAGCGGAUGUCUGGGGAUUCUCUAGCUCGGUUGCCCCACCAUCUGGCACUCCCAGCGUAGCCCCCUCUUCGUCUGUGUAUGCUCGGGGCUACGUUGCUGCCGCCUUCUCCGGUUCUUCUUCUGGUCUGCCUUCUGGCACUCCCAGCGCGACUCCCUCUGCGUCUGUGUAUGGUCGUGGCUACGUCGCUGCCGCCUCCUCUUCUGGCACUCCUUCCUCUAGCGCUAUCACCACCGCGUCGCCUACCCCUUCCCCUGUCAAGCGUGACUUUGAGUACUCCUCCAGUGUCUCGACCCCCAUUACUCCCAGCUCUAGCUUUUCGAUUCCCCGCUCUUCAGCUCUCAUGUACUAA